GCUAGCACUGUUUAUCUUCAAUAGAAAUCCAAUGGCUUUUCUGCGUAAACUGCGCAGAGUUGAUUAUCAUGAACACACUCUGAACACGUCUGAAUCGCGCAUGAUCACACCAGAGACUGUAUGGGUCACACAAGCGUAUUCAGGAUUUGUUCCACAGCAUUGGUAUCAGGACAAGACAGCAUUUUUUUUAUAUGAUCCAUGUCAUCACAAGAGAAAACCAGAGUGGUGCUGCUGGCAUGUGGGUCCUUCAACCCCAUCACAAACAUGCACCUGCGGAUGUUCGAGCUGGCUCGGGAUCACCUUGAAGACACUGAAGAAAGAAAUUCAUACACAUUUGGAACAACAUGUCACAAGGACGAGAAGAUACAGAGUGGUGAAAGGCAUAAUCUCUCCAGUCGGAGAUAGCUAUAAAAAGAAAGGUCUGAUAGAAGCCUGUCAUCGGUUAGAGAUGGCUAGACUAGCCACGCUGAACUCUGAUUGGAUCACAGUGGAUGACUGGGAGAGCCAGCAGCCGGAGUGGGUGGAGACAGCCAAAGUAGUUCGGCACCAUGCAGACCUUAUUUCCAGCGAGAACAACAGUGAUGAUGUGGAUACAGUGAGGUGUGGGAAGAGGAGAAAGCUGGAGCAAAAUACAAUCAUCUGUCAGAGCUCUUGUAAUAUUAACACAAAAGAAGACAGCCCUCACCUGAACCUCCUGUGUGGUGCUGAUGUGCUGGAGUCAUUUGGUGUCAAAGACCUUUGGAAGCCAGAGGACAUUGAGGAGAUAGUGGGUCGCUACGGUGUGGCGUGCAUCACCAGAUGUGGCAGUGACCCUGAGAAGUUUAUCAAUCAGUCUGAUGUGCUAUACAAACACCGUAAGAACAUCCAUAUGGUUCGGGAAUGGGUGACCAAUGAGAUCUCAGCCACCCAUGUGCGCCGUGCCCUACGCAGGGGACAGAGUGUGCGCUACCUGCUGCCUGACUCUGUGGUGCGCUACAUUCAAGAACACAGUCUGUAUAGCGUUGAGAGCGAGCAGAAGAAUGCUAAUGCUAUCCUUGCCCCGUUUCAGAGAUACACCAGCAGCAACUAGACUGAUGUCCUGCUGCUUUUGAGCUGGUUUCUUGUUCUGUUUGUGGUCCUUGAUGGAGGGCUGGUCUGUCACCCACAGAACUUGACUGACACUUGAUUCAUAGUUAAUUUUGGUUUUGAGUGAUUGCUUUGCAUUGUAUCAUGAAUGAUUCAGUAUGAUAAAUAAUAUAUGAUACAUUUUGUAAAAUAUUUUUGACUCCGUUUUAAUAAAGAUUGAUGCAUUCAUAUAAUUAUCUUUAUUGUAGUUUACUGCCAAAGUAGAAGAGGAAUUUUGGUCAGUUAUUUCUGAGUUUUAAGCUGACUGUUUGCCUCCAAUAAAUGUUCUUCCAUUUUUGGGUGCUAAUAAUUAAAAAUCUGUAUACAAUCA